AUGGCCACAUUAAUUGAGGCGUCAAGUGAUAAACGCUUGGCUUGCAUUUGGAGAUUGAGGGAAAUAAUUUUAAAACUGAAAAACAGAACUGGUGAAGGAAGAAAUAAAAAUCGAAAUAAAAAAAAUGACGGACUCUGCUGCCAACAACAACUCGCAAAAUGGUGGCGAGAAAAGCUUACCAUCAUCAUCCGACAACUCAAAUACUUCCGAAGGAAAAGCCUUGUCUCAAGAAGAGAAGAAAAAGUUGAGAGAUGCAAAGAAAAAGAAAAACAAGAGGCCAAACAACAAAAGCAAAGCCUUUCUCUUUCAAAAGAGGAGCGAAAGCGUCAAUUUGAAGAGAAUGAAGAAAAGAAAAGACAACAACGAAAGGAAAAAAACGAAGCUGCUCGUACUGGUGAAUCUAGCAGUACAUCUUUAUCCACGCCAACUGUGGUGGGUAGUGCUACUACACCAACAAUUUCUUCCAUCAAUACACCCACUGUUGCCUCCGUAGUUACCAAUACUGUUGUUGAUCAAAAGAUGAAGGAGGAUCUCGAAAAAUUGAGAAAGGAAUAUCAACAUUUAGAGAAACAACAUAAUGACUUGAAGAAGAAAUAUCAAGAAAGCAGAAUUUACUCUCACUUGUCCGAAUAUCAAAUUCCAAAACAAGUUGAAGUUAAUCAUGAAAAUAUCCACCCUGCAAUUAUUCAACUCGGGAUGCAAUAUGCCAGUGGACAAAUCACAGGAUGUAAUGCUCGUACAAUAGGUCUGUUGACAGCUUUGAAGCAAUUUGUGCUUGAUGCCGAGGUUUCGGAAGACAAAUUAUUGAGUAGAGAUUAUCUUGAUCCAAAACUUGUGAAGUGCAUCGAUUACUUGAAACAAUGCAGGCCAAUGAGCAUUGGAAUGAAGAGCGCUUUGAGAAAAUUUAAAUCCUCUUAUCAUCAUGUUGAUAAACUGAAAGAAUUACGUACUCAACAACAACGAAAAGAAAAGGUGAUGGAGGAAAUAGAUUCAUAUAUUGAAGAACGUAUUUCUUAUCCUGAAAAACAGAUCAUCAAGCAUGGUGUUGAUGGUAUUAAGGAUGGUGAUACUAUUAUGACUUACGCUCUCAGUGAAGUAUUGGAGAGAAUGAUCAUUGAAGCAGCUCAAACCAGAAAGUUCAGAAUAGUGGUGGUUGAUAGCAGACCAAAGAAUGAAGGCAAAGAGCUUGUGAAGCGUUUGAACAAAGCUGGUAUUACAUGUAGCUUGAUUUUAAUUAAUGCUCUCUCUUACAUGAUGAAGGAUGUAACAAAGGUAUUCUUGGGAGCUAAUUCAAUUUUAUCAAAUGGAGCAGUUUAUUCUCGUGUUGGUACUGCACUUGUUGCAAUGACAGCCAAGGCUUUCAACGUUCCUGUAAUUGUUUGUUGUGAAACUUACAAAUUUAGCGAUCAAUCUCAGUUAGAUUCCAUCACUGUUAACGAAUUGGGAGAUCCAUACGAUUUGGUAGAUUUAAGUAAUUUACCGCAGCGAAAAAGUUCUGUCAACUAUCUGUCAAGUAAUGAAGUUGGACAUUUGGAGAUUGAGGGACUUACACUGCCAAAUAAGGGCGAUCAAAGCAAGCAACAAAGUAAUGUCGUGUAUAAUUUAGAGAAUUUUGAGUCAAUUAAUAACCUCCAUGUCAUUAACUUGCUAUACGACAUUACACCUUGUCAUUAUGUUGACAUGGUUAUUACUGAGUUUGGAGCUAUUCCACCAACAUCUAUUCCUGUCAUCCUUAGAGAAUUUGGAAAGGAUUACUAG